UGCUUCAGGAUUGGUUAGUCUUGAAUUUUGAUGAGGUUCAGGAUUGGCUAGUCUUGAAUUUUGAUGAGCUUGUGUGGUAAUUGAGGGGAAUUAGGGUUAGGGUUCGUCCAAAUGCGUAAUGUGCAUGGGUGAUCUUCAUUUUUUGCUUCGGGUGUGUAAUGUGGCGGAAGGUUUAGAAUUUUGGGUUUGGUUGUAAAGAAAAUGAGAGCUAUGGGCAGUAGAAUUGCAACUCUUUUUGAAGCAUGUUGUUGUCCUUGUUGAGUAAGCGCUCGUUGGAGGCUGAUUCCAGGGACGCCUAUGGAUUUGCUUUGAGACCUCAGCAUGUACAAACAUAUAGAGAGUACUCUCAUAUCUACAAGGAGGAGGAAGAGGAAAGAUCAAAUAAAUGGAAGAACUUCCUUGAACAUGUAGAGAAAUCUUCUGAACUGUGCUCUCCUGAGAAGGCACAUAAAGAGGAAUUGCAGGCUGAAGCUACUGAGCAGAAAGCAGAGACAGUUCCUGAGAGUGGUGAGGAAGGGAAUGAUACAAUUAGUGGGAAAUCUGUUUCGGGUUGUUCAUCAGAAAGAGAUCCUGAAAAGGAGCUUCAACAUUCAAAAGAAACAGAAAAAAGUAAGGUCCAAACAUGGACUCUCAUUAGAUCAUCUCUUAGUUCCAUUGAAAAUAUGAUGAGCUUUCGUGUUAGGAAGGGAAAAAUUAUGAAAGAUAAGCAAAUAAUUGUGGAUAAAGACCACCUUCCAUCAGAAGCAGCCUCUUUAGGAGGGGCAUCUGAGGAUGAUGUUGAGGAAGACGUUUGCUUUAGCGAUGCAUUGAACGACAGUCCGGAUGCCUUCACUGCAGAAAAUUCUGUAAGUGAUGGGUUCUCUGACGGUGUGAAAGUUGCUGGGAAAGUAGAGGCUAUGGGUGGUGGUGUCCCUAACAGUGUGCAAGGUAUUGGGACAGAGGAAGCUGAGGAAGCUGUGGCUAAUGGGGCCCCUACAGAGCCUUUCUUUCCUUGGAAACUAGAACUGGAGUCUCUAGUUCAUGGGGGAGUGCCAACGGAUCUGAGGGGAGAGGUAUGGCAAGCUUUUGUUGGUGUGAAGGCUCGUCGGGUGGAGAGAUAUUACUACGAAUUGCUGGCUCAAGAAACAAAUACUACUGAAAGCGUGGAUAAAGACAACUCAUCUGGUGUUCCCAGAAAAUGGAGAAGGCAGAUUGAGAAGGACAUACCACGUACAUUUCCAGGGCAUCCUGCAUUGAAUGAGGAUGGUCGUAAUUCACUGAGGCGUUUGCUUUUAGCUUAUGCUCGUCAUAACCCCUCUCUUGGGUAUUGCCAGGCAAUGAAUUUCUUUGCAGGGUUAUUGCUACUUCUGAUGCCUGAGGAAAAUGCCUUUUGGACUUUUGUGGGUAUAAUUGACGACUAUUUUGAUGGCUACUAUACUGAGGAAAUGAUAGAAUCUCAGGUGGACCAACUUGUAUUUGAGGAGUUGGUGCGAGAAAAUUUUCCAAAACUGGGUUUGCAUACUUCUCAUAAUCAUCAAUCAUCUUAUAUUUGGUUCUUUACAUUCCAUGAAACGGUGUGGUACUCUUCUUACUAUCCCUCCAUGCUUAUGGCAGUGAAUCAUUUGGAUUACUUAGGAGUCCAGGUGGCAUGGUUCACUGGACCUUGGUUCCUUUCCAUAUUUGUAAAUAUGAUUCCUUGGGAAAGUGUUAUUCGAGUUUGGGAUGUGCUUCUAUUUGAAGGAAAUCGUGUUAUGCUUUUUCGAACAGCACUAGCAUUAUUGGAGCUAUAUGGUCCGGCUUUAGUUACCACUAAAGAUGCCGGGGAUGCUAUUACUUUAUUGCAGUCCCUUGCUGGCUCAACAUUUGAUAGCAGCCAGCUUGUUUUGACUGCUUGCAUGGGUUUUUUGGCUAUAACUGAAACUAGAUUGCAAGAGUUGAGAGAUAAGCAUCGGCCAGCUGUAUUAGCAGUAGUUGAGGAAAGAUCUAAAACGGGUCAGGUUUGGAAGGAUUCCAAAGGGCUUGCAUCUAAGCUGUAUAGUUUUAAGCAUGAUCCUAUUGUAACAGAAGAAAAAAAUACUACUGAAGAAGGCACUACAGAUGGCUAUGUAUCUCAUUCGAAAUCUGGCUCCCGUAAUCUUGAUGAAUUACUUAGUGGCACAUCCGUUGAUUCAGAAGUAGAUUCUUUACCAGAGCUUCAGGAUCAGGUCAUUUGGUUGAAGGUUGAGCUAUGCAGAGUGCUGGAGGAGAAAAGAUCUGCCGUACUCAGAGCUGAGGAGUUGGAGACAGCGCUUAUGGAGAUUGUCAAGCUUGAUAAUCGACGAGAAUUAAGCGCAAGGGUUGAGCAGUUGGAGAAAGAGGUGGCUGAGCUACAGCAAGCCCUUGCUGAUAAGACAGAGCAAGAGGCUGCAAUGCUUAAGGUCUUGAUGUGGAUGGAGCAAGAGCAGAAGGUAACUGAAGAUGCACGAAUAAAUGCCGAGCAAGAAGUAGCUGCUCAGAAAAAUGCAGUUCAUGUGCUUCAGGAAAAAUAUGACAAAGCCAUGUCUUCACUUACUGAGAUGGAAAAGAGAGUAAAAGUGGCAGAAUCGAUGUUGGAAGCUACAUUGCAAUAUGAAUCUGGACAAGCCAAAGCACUAAAAUCUCCACGGGCUGCGACCACCCAGGGGAACACCAAAAAGUUAGGCAUUCUGUCAUUUGGACUUGGUUGGCGUGACAGAAAUAAGGGAGCCAGUGACUUGAAAUCACCCAGUGAACAGAGAGAGCCAAGCUCUCCAAAGGACAAAACUGGUGAGGAAGAGAAGGGGAAUGCAAAGUGAUGGAUGCUUUCUCUGAUUGCCAUGAAAGAGCAGAGAUUGAAACUGCUGCUGCCUAAGUAUGUCAGUACAUGUCUUCUUCAUUCUCUUCGUCUUCCUCUUUGUAUUUAUAUACUGGUGGCUAAGAGGGCCAUCAAUCUGUAAACUUGUCAAUUUUUAACUGUGGGUUCGGUUUACCCCUAGACAGUCAGAAUGUAAAGCACAUUAGUUCUCUUUUUCAAUAGUCAAUUUAUUUACAAUAA